AUGGCAGACAAGCAAGUAAAAAACAGAGUUUGCAUAGUUGGUUCUGGUAAUUGGGGUUCAGCAAUUGCUAAAAUAGUUGGACGCAAUGCAGCAAGACUUUCAAAUUUUGAGGAUAGGGUUACAAUGUGGGUGUAUGAGGAGAUGAUUGAAGGGAAAAAAUUGACUGAAAUUAUAAAUGAAACACAUGAAAAUGUAAAAUAUUUGCCUGGACACAAACUUCCACCAAACGUGGUUGCCAUUCCUGAUGUGGUGGAAGCAGCUAAAGAUGCAGACCUUCUUAUUUUCGUUGUACCCCAUCAGUUCGUGAGGACGUUAUGCUCGACUUUGCUUGGAAAAAUAAAACCAACGGCAGCAGCACUUUCCUUAAUAAAGGGCUUCGAUAUAGCGGAAGGCGGUGGCAUUGACCUUAUCUCCCAUAUUAUUACAAGAUGCUUAAAAAUACCUUGUGCUGUGUUAAUGGGUGCCAACAUUGCUUCCGAAGUAGCGGAAGAGAAGUUCUGCGAAACAACAAUAGGCUGCCGUGAUGUGAUGCUGGCGCCAAUGAUGCGUGACAUUAUCCAAACUGAGUACUUCCGAGUGGUCGUGGUCGAUGAUGAGGACGCGGUGGAGAUAUGCGGAGCUCUUAAGAAUAUAGUAGCUGUGGGCGCCGGCUUCGUAGACGGUCUCGGCUUUGGUGACAACACAAAAGCGGCUGUAAUUCGUCUGGGUCUAAUGGAAAUGAUCAAGUUCGUCGACGUGUUCUACCCUGGCAGCAAGCUUAGUACAUUCUUUGAAUCUUGCGGAGUCGCCGACCUUAUUACCACAUGUUAUGGUGGUAGAAACCGGCGAGUCGCCGAGGCUUUCGUGAAGACGGGCCGGUCUAUUAAAGAGCUCGAGGACGAAAUGUUGAACGGACAAAAGUUACAGGGUCCCAUCACCGCGGAGGAGGUCAACCACAUGCUUGCAAAUAAAAAUAUGGAAAACAAGUUUCCGUUGUUCACCGCCGUAUUCCGCAUCUGCCGAGGGGACUUAAAGCCUAGCGACUUCAUCGACUGCAUUCGCAGCCAUCCGGAACACAUGGUGAAAGCUGGAUUCAAGGAAUAG